AAAAUACACAGAAUUUGUGUUUCUUGUUCAUUCUGAAUGCAUUUCAGAUGUUUGUUAUAUUUUUACGAUUUUGUUAAAUGUUGUACACCGUGCAGCGGACGAACCUGUUGCGAAACCAUUUCUCCACAGGCUAGUCUUUCAGGAGCAAUACGGGACAAGGGAAGAUGCUUCCGGCUACGGGACUCUUUCGGACCAUUAAUUGUCCCUUCUACGAGAAAGAUCUCUGUACGAGGCCUUAUUGCCACUUCAAGCACGCAAAAGCAGUGCCGCCUGUUGUGAAAUACAGUGCUACCCCGAAAAGUCUACUAAACCAAGCGGGAGUAUCGAACCAGUCCGAUGGCAGCGAACCGAUUGCUCGUAAGAAACCUAAGCUUGAAUACAUACCCGUGUCUACCGUUGCGCCAAAGUAUGUUCCGUCCAGUGUUGCAAAACUGCAAGUCAACAAAAGCAAUGGUGAGAAAAGUGCAGAAAGUGAAUCUUCUGACACCAACAAUCAAACACCCGACGUAUCGGAGAAAGAUCAGCCACUACAAGAGGACACUUCCAAAGAAGUAUCACCGGAAGAAAAAGGAAGCUUGCAGAGUGAGUCUCCUGCAGAGAAAAAUGACGAAAAGAACGAGAAGAAACAGGAGAACGGUUUGGCUGUGUCCAGCGUGGAAAAAAAGUCAUCAGAAGAUACAAAACAUCACAGCUCGUCGAAACACCACCACUCUUCUGGUGAAUCCGAUCGAAAGAAAGAUUCGAACCAUCGGCACAGUUCUAGCUCACGUUCAAAGUCCUCAUCCACAUCUUCAUCAUCACACGACAAAAAGCAUCGAUCAUCUGAAUCAUCCAGCAAAGAGAAGUCUAGUAGCAAUACCACCACCACCAGUAGUAAUAGCAGCAGUAGCAGCAAAAGUAAGCACCGAGACAAAGAACGAGAAAGUUCCAGAAGUCACUCGUCGAAGCCCUCGUCCGAUCGAGACCGAGACCGUCACCGAAGUUCGUCGGAAAAGGAUCAUCGAUCGCAUAGCAAAAGUAGUUCAUCGAAAAACAGUAACACCGGUGGUAGUACUAGUAGCAGUAAAAGCAAAAGCCACAGCAGCACUAGUAACGGUAACACUAGUACCACUAGUAGUAGCAGUAGGAAAAAGGAACACAAAUCAUCCUCUCGAAGCAGUGGUUCCUCCUCCAGGUCGAAAUCCACGUCUAGCAAGGCGGAUACGUCGGAGAAACUAGCAGCACCGGAACCGAAAUCUACCCAGCCGCUGGAGGACGAAAUCUACCAAGAACUGAUCAAUAAUCCUCCCAGCGAUAUCGAUAUCGAUAGCGACGAGGACGACGUGAUGCAGCAAUGCAAGAUGAUCUUUGAGGGUUACGAACCAGACGUGCCACCGAAAGCCGAAGAGAGCGAAACCAAAGCUAAUGGGCAAAUCGAUCUGAUAGACAUAUUUGCGGAUAAGUAUUACGACGACAGUCGUAAGAAGCGGGUUGCGUACGAGAAUGCUACCACCUCGAAGCUAACACCGGUGGUAGAGAAGAAAACGAAUCACGUACAAAACGCUAUCAAAUCCGUAUAUCUGCGACAAGAGAUCGUUCGAAAGCAACAGGAAGAGCUAGCGGCACGGAAACGAGCGGAGGAAGAGGUGAAACGACAAAUCGAGGAGGAAACUCGUAAAUCGAUGCCCAAACCUGCCACCAUUCCGGCUCCAACAGUGAAUGGAUCGUCCGUUUCACCACUAAGCACAAACACGUUCUAUAGCAAAUCUCCCGAAGCAACCAGCCUAAGCACACCUAAAAGUCGCUUCACACCCGCCGUCAAUGUCCUCGCCUUCCAGAAGGCAAAGGAAAAGAUUGAGCAACUGAAGCGGAAUCAAUCCGCCUUUACACCGGCUCAAACAGCGUCGAAAGUCGGUGCGCGUGUAGCCCAUACCGGGUCGGUCCUAGCGACGAAAGCGGCUGCCACACCGGAUGCCCAAGCACCACCAAUACUGGAACCAGCAUCGAGUAAAAUAUCGUACAACAUUCGCAUGCAGUAUUACGGGCUAAUGGUAAAGCAUUGUUUGAACAUUUAUCCGACCUGCGAGGAUGCUUGGGAGCGGGCCCAAACGGAAGAGCUGGCCGUGAUGAAGAAGUGCAGUACGGCCAUGAUUUAUAAGAGUAGCGCCCUGCUCACCAUCAACAAGCUGCGAAAAGAGGCACUCGAGACAGGGAACGAAGCGGCUGAUAAAAAUAAAACAGUUUCUCAUGACGUCAUACUGGCCGGCAAGAUGGUACACAACAUUUCCUGGAGCGUAAAUAAAAAAUUAAAAACGGAAGUUAAAACGUCUGCCUACACGAUCGACAAUGCGCCCGGAACGGUGGCAUACAAAAUGAUCCACGAGUGUCGCCUUACCGAGGAUCAGCUGCGUUCGAACGGAUUUCCCCGUGCUACGGAUGUUCCCGGCAAAGCAAAGAUUUACACACCCCGACCAUCUAGACCUCCGAACGAAAUCGAAAGGUACUGUUCCCGCUGUUCGAAGGUUUUUAAUCUAGAUACGUAUGAUGAGCCACAGGUGGAUGCGUGCAAUUAUCACCCGAAAAGUACCUGCUACCGGCGUGGUUUUGCUGACAAUCUGCACAACUGCUGCCAGCAACCAUCCGGUACGCCGGGCUGUAUGUACGCAAACUAUCACGUGUCAAGCUUCAUGGAUUACGACGAUCUGAGCGGGUUCGUUAAAACGAUCGAGCCGGCAGAAGAUUACCAACCGUCUAAAAAGGAUGUGUUUGCGCUCGAUUGUGAGAUGUGCUACACUACGGGCGGAUUAGAGCUGACGCGCGUUACCGUGGUCGAUAUUAACGAGAAGACUGUUUACGAUACGCUAGUGAAGCCACUGAAUCGAGUCGUUGACUAUAAUACGAGGUUUUCGGGCAUCACGGAGGACAUGUUGCGAAAGACCACCACAACACUCCACAACGUACAGGCAGUACUGCUGUCCAUGUUCAACUCGGAAACCAUUCUCAUCGGCCACAGUCUGGAAAGUGACUUUAAGGCACUCAAGCUGAUCCACGAUGUGGUGGUCGAUACGUCCGUACUGUAUCCGCACAAAAUGGGUCCACCGAAGAAGCGUGCACUGAAAACACUGUGUAUAGAAAAUUUGAAAAAAAUUAUUCAAGAAAAUGAUGCUGGGCAUGACAGCGCGGAAGACUCAGUUGUAUGCAUACAGCUCAUCAAACACUAUCUACGCAAUCGCAUUCUGUGAUUCCAAAUUAAGGUCGCUACCAACAACCACAGAAGCGCAA